AUGUUCAAGCCCCCAACAGGUGUAAGAAACCAUGGUGGUUUGGUUGGGAUCAGGUGUGAAGUAGCACAACAAGAAGAUAGAGAUGAUGAGUUUUAUAUGUGGAGGUGUGUGGAGCUUGCUAAAAAGGCUAUUGGGCGUACUAGCCCUAAUCCUAUGGUGGGUUGUGUUAUUGUCAAGGAUGGCAAGGUUGUUGGUGAAGGCUUUCACCCUAAAGCUGGCCAACCACAUGCUGAGGUGUUUGCUCUGAGAGAUGCUGGAGAAUUGGCUGAAAAUGCAACUGCGUAUGUGAGCUUGGAGCCAUGUAAUCACUACGGGAGAACUCCACCAUGCACUGAAGCCCUAAUUAAAGCCAAAGUUAAAAAGGUUGUGGUCGGAAUGGUGGAUCCAAAUCCAAUUGUAGCAUCUAAGGGGUUGGAUAGGUUAAGAGAUGCAGGAAUUCACGUUAUAACAGGUGUAGAAGAAAAAUUAUGCAACAGACUAAAUGAAGCUUAUAUUCAUCAUAUGCUAACUGGAAAUCCAUUGGUCACUGCCAGAUACUCUAUCUCAGUCAAUGGACACUUCUUAGAUCAGCUUGGGGAAGGAGUUGAUGGGCUUGGUGGUUACUACUCUGAACUGUUACAAGAAUAUGAUGCGGUUGUACUUACGUCUGCCACAGUAACUAAGAACAACUCCCUUCCAGCAUCACAGGAAGCCGGUGCUAAUCAACCACUCCGGAUUAUAAUAGCGAAUGCUAGUUCUCCAAUCCAUAUCCCCGAACUGACCAUGGAACCAAGCGGUAAGCUAAUAAUCUUUGCAGACAACAAGUCAACAGUAGAAAUAGAAAGCGCUCAAACAGGUAUUCAAACUGUGGUGUUGGAUCAAAUAAAUUUGAAUGCUAUUACGGAAUACUGCAAAUCUCAAGGAUUCUGUAGUGUUUUGUUGGAUUUAAGGGGAAAUAUAGGCGACUUUGAAAAGGUUCUCCAAGAUGGUACUGAGCAGAAGUUACGAAAACUGGUGAUUGAAGUAUUGCCCAUCUGGGAUCAAGAUGGGGGUGGGAAUCUCCCUAUUUCAUUGAAGAGUCUAAGUAAGAGAGUAGAAGUAAUGAAUUUGCAGGCUAAAAGUUCAAGUCAGAGUGUUGUGCUUGAAGCAUACUUGUAA